CCAUUGAACAAUUUGAACAUCUGCUUUUCCACCUUAGGUCAUCGAGUCUAUUUCGUGAAACUUUCACCUAAGAAGAAUACAUCGAUUUAAAGAUGGCUCCUGCAGCCGACCCACCCUCUGCCCCCCUGGCAGAGAGAAAACCUGCGCCGAAGAAAAGCUCUUUUCUGGCAGGUGCAGCCGGUGGCUUAGCAGGGAUCUGCGAGAUUUCCGUCACCAUGCCUCUAGAUACGAUAAAAACGCAAAUGCAGUUGACUGGUGAACGAAGUGCGGCGAGAACGACGCGGAAUAUCCUGAGUCUAUGUCCUUAAGCAAUGUCGGUGAUGAGUGUGUUAUACCUAUAACUCUUAGAAGAUCCAGAAGAUGGCAGACCGUUUCGAGUUUCCAACAAAACUAGCUUUCUUGUUACCAAUCAACACAGUCUUGCACACGCUUCCUUCAUACCUUUCCGGCAGCAACACCAGUUCCACAAACGUUUCUCUUCUCUACCGAGGCUUUGGUCCUAUGGUGACGCAAGUAAGCUGUAAAGCGGCCAUUCGGUUUGCGGCAUUUGAGCAGUUGAAGUUUCUCUUCGCGCAACAAUCCCUGAUCCCUUCUGGCAGCGCAAAUUUCCUGUGUGGUGUUGGCGCAGGCAUCAUCGAAGCCGCAGUCUGGGUCACGCCCACGGAGAGGCUGAAAGUGUUGAGACAAGCAAGUAUUUCAUCGUCCUCUAGUCGUGGCAGUGGUCCCGGUGGAGCGCCAUCAACAACGACGGCAGCAGCAAGAGAACUACUACGAACCCAAGGCAUAGGAGGCUUCUUCGUGGGAUUUGUCCCGACAGCAGCGAGGCAAGGAGUUGCUAUGGGCAUCCGCUUUGCACUGUACGACCAAAUGAAGAUGGGAGUCCAGAGACUGACACCUGCGAGUGGGGAUGGCAAAACACCGAUGAUAUCGAAGCCGAUACAGCUGUUGUUGGCUGGUAUUUGACUAGUACUAUGAGUAAAUGGUUUCUUGUGUGGCUUUCCGGAUGGAAUGCUAUUCAUAGGCAAACCUGAGGAUGAUGCUGUGGUUGGGAUAUUAAGUACUUGUUUUGCUGUGCUUUGAAGAUUGUCCUGAAAUAUUGAUAUUUCUUCAUUCCUAGGUAUGGGCACCGGCGUAGUCAGCAGCCUCGCAAAUCAGCCCAUCGACACAGCAAAAAGCCGCCUACAGGCAGUCGAGGUUUCCAAAGGAGAGAAAUAUGCGGGAACGAUCGAUUGUUUGCGGAAGAUGUAUCAGAAAGAGUUAUGUUGGGAAGAUAAUGCAUAAAAGAUAAAGAUUUAUACCCUUCGUGCUGCUUCAUUACGAACUGUUCUUCCAUCUCUAACAAUCGGCUUUCUCUCCUGGUACGCAGGGUGUGGGCCACGGACUUUGCGAUUGAUGAUAGGGCAAGGGAUCAUCUUCAGCUGUCAAGAAACGAUCAGCAGCAUGUUGCACGAACGGUUUGCUGAGUACAACUGAAUAACUUUUUCAAGCAAAAAGAACCCAAAGUGUAGAAAAACGCAUACAGCUGCCAAAGACUACUUCUCCUCUGCGACAG